UGUGUGUCUACCUGUGCGUGUUGUGUCCAGGUGUUUGGGAAGGGCAACAUGGUGUUCUGGAUCGUCUUCUCUGUCCUCCACAUCCUGGCCACCAUGCUGCUCAGCACCCAGCUCUACUACAUGGGUCGCUGGAGACUGGAUUCUGGCAUCCUGCGCAGGAUUGUGUAUGUGAUCUACACUGACUGUAUCCGCCAGUGCAGUGGCCCCAUGUAUAUUGACCGAAUGGUUCUGCUAGUGAUGGGAAACAUAGUGAACUGGUCUCUGGCUGCCUAUGGGCUAUAAAGACACC